CACACACACACACACACACACACACACACACACACACACACACACACACACACACACACACACACACACACACACACACGAAUCUGUCAAAAUAGUGUGUACAUGCGACUCUGCUUUAAUACCUUGUGUUAUAUCUGUAAGUGACUGAGGCACAAAUCAGCAGACCGUCAAAUAAAUCUCUUAUAACGGAAGAAGAGAAGCUUUAAGUACCCGGAUGAACUUCGGUGCCGCCCAGUUGGAACACACGAGCCCGAUGGCUGCCAGCUGACCUUUGACCUUCGACCGCCAGGAUGAUGUCGGUCAGAGAGCGUCUCCGCCAGAACAUCUCGGCCGCCUUCUACAGGCACGGCCUGCUCUGCGCCUCCUACCCAGUUCCCAUCAUCCUCUUCACCUCCGCCAGCAUCCUGGCCUGCUGUUACCCCCUGUUGAAGUUGCCCUUGCCGGGAACAGGUCCUGUAGAGUUUACCACUGGGGUGAAGGAUUAUUCCGUCCCUCACCACGAGCCCCAGGGUGACCCAGGCGAGCAUCCUGAUUGGUAUCACGGUGCCCCGGUUGCUUACAUCCAGCAGGUGCUGGUGAAGGCGGCCGUGUCUCCGUGGGACAGCAGCUUGGUGCCCGUGGACGUGUUUCGCUCGCCGCUCGGCCGAGUCUUCAGCCUCCUGGAGGAAAUCCGUAACCAUGUUAACGCUGAGAGAGGUUUGGAGUCUCUCUGUCUCCAGGUGACUGAUCUGUUGCCGGGGUUACGGCGCAUGCAGUCCGUGCUUCCCGAACACGGCUGUCUGCUGGUUUCCCCCGGCAACUACUGGCAGAACCGGCAGGACGUGUUUGACUCUGAUCCAGACAUCCUGAAGACCAUCCAGCAACAUGAACCUAAAGGCCUGCACACGUCUGCCACGCUGAAAGACCUUCUGUUUGGUGUCCCAGGGAAAAAAACAGGCAUCAGUCUGUACAGUAAAAAGCGAGUGGUCACGUACACCAUCACCAUCGCCUUCAGCAGUUACGACUCCAGGUUUGUAGGCAGCCUGCGUGCUCGUCUGAAGCAGCUCCACCCGUCCGUGAACUGCAGCCUGCGUGAGGAUCACAUGGUGCACGUCCACUUUAAAGAAGAGAUCGGCAUCGCCGAACUAAUCCCCCUCGUCACCACUUACAUCAUCCUCUUCGCCUACAUCUACUUCUCCACCCGGAAGAUCGACAUGGUGAAGUCUAAGUGGGGUUUGGCUUUGGCUGCCGUGGUAACAGUGCUCAGCUCUUUGCUCAUGUCUGUAGGACUCUGCACCCUGUUUGGCCUCACACCCACACUCAACGGAGGGGAGAUCUUUCCAUACCUGGUGGUUGUGAUCGGGAUCGAGAACGUUCUGGUCCUCACCAAGUCUGUGGUGUCGACUCCCGUGGACCUGGAGGUCAAACUUCGUAUUGCACAAGGUCUGAGCAGUGAGAGCUGGUCCAUCAUGAAGAACAUGGCCACUGAGCUGGUCAUCAUCCUGAUCGGAUACUUCACCUUAGUUCCUGCUAUUCAGGAGUUCUGUCUGUUUGCCGUGGUGGGUCUCGUCUCCGAUUUCUUCCUGCAGAUGUUCUUCUUCACCACCGUGCUUUCCAUCGACAUCCGUCGCAUGGAGCUGGCUGAUCUGAAUAGACGUCUCCCAGCCGAGGCAGGCUUGCCCCCUCCUAAACCCACACCCUUACGCCACAGAGAAGCCCCGCCCCCUCCGCGUCCCUCUCCUCACACCAUCACGCUUCAGGCUCCAGCAUUUAGGAAUCUGCGCUUGCCCAAAAGACUCCGUGUCAUCUAUUUCUUGGCACGCACCCGCCUGGCACAACGCAUCAUCAUGGUUGGCACCGUGAUCUGGAUCGGGAUCCUGGUGUACACCGACCCCGCCGGUCUGAGGACGUACCUGGCCGCUCAGGUGUCCGAACAGAGCCCUUUGGGAGAAGCGGGGCUACCUCCUCACCUGGGCGUGGCUCCUGUGUUCCCUGGUGGAGAUCCGACAAGCACCCUGAGUGUUCUGUCUGCCCCAGAUCCUACCCCUGUGCCUGAGAAUCAGUCACAGGGAGCAGAUGCCCCGGGUCCCAUCCCGCUGGUCAGCCCGCAGAUCACGUGGGGCUCGGAGGACGAGGAGGUGUGGAGGCGACUGUCAUUUCGUUACUGGCCCUCGCUUUUCGGCUACUAUAACAUCACACUGGCUAAGAGGUAUAUCAGCAUCCUGCCCGUCAUCCCUGUCACGUUGCACCUGAGCCCUCAGGAAGCCGUCGAGAUGCGACACCCUCAGGAUACCCAGCAUGCACCACGGGUCAGCGCCAGAACCACGCAGCUCCAGACGGACCUCACGCUGUACAAGGUUGCUGCACUGGGCCUCUUUGCUGGGGUUCUCCUGGUUCUCCUGCUCUUCUGUCUCUAUCGGGUUCUUUGUCCUCGUAACUACGGACAGAACGGAGCCCAACAUGGCCGCCGUCGCCGUGGAGACCUACCUUGUGAUGAGUACGGCUACUCGCCGCCGGUCAGCGAGAUCUCACCUCUGCUUCUGAGAGGCCAUAGCAUGGAUAUUGAGUGUUUAGCUAGUGACGGUAUGCUGCUGGCCAGCUGCUGUUUAGCAGGACAGAUUCGUGUGUGGGACGCACAGACUGGGGACUGUCUCACUGUUAUACCUAAUAAUGGUUUGAGGAGGAGCAGCAGUAGUGGAUGUUGGGAUCAGCGUGAUGGCUGGGAUCAUUACGAUCCUGACUCCUCCCCCAGGGCGGAGUCUUGCUCCACAUCCACCCCCGUCAGUGAGUACGCAGUGCGCCGGAGACAGACUCGCCCUGCUCUAUUCGUGGACCAGCCGGACCUCACGGCGCUCAUAGACACCAACUUUAGCGAGCUGCCGCUGCCACACGUACCAUCAGACUGCGGCUUCGACUUCGGCGGCCUGGUGGAGAAGGCGUAUAAAGAGCACGCAGCACCUCCGGCAACGAUGCAAACACCGCUUCCUCCGACUCCUCCCACUCCGCCAGCCCCGCCCAUCGAGAGGCCGAGCUUGCCAUCAGGAGACUGGGAGAGCUCGGUGUGGUCCAUGGAGCUCAGGGGAAACCUGAUCGCUGCAGGGCGGAGCAACGGCAAACUGGAGUUGUGGGAUGCUGUGGAGGGAUUGCUGCGGUGCUGCAAUGAAGAUGGAUCAUCAGGAAUCACCGCGCUGGCUUUCUUGAACAAUAGGAUUGUUGCAGCACGUCUGAAUGGUUCUCUCGAUUUCUUCACUGUGGACUUCAACAAACCGCUGGGUUUACUGCAGCACCGAGGGACCCUGAGUUGUAGUCUACCACCGUCGCCGUGUUACAGCAGUGAUGACGUCAUCAGCUGCCAGUUGACACGCUCAGUUCUGUGCGCACACCAGAAACCCAUCACUGUGCUAAAAGCUGCUGCAGGUCGAGUCGUCACAGGCAGCCAGGAUCACACUGUCAGAGUGUAUCGUCUGGAAGAUUCCUGCUGCCUCUUUACCCUGCAGGGUCACUCAGGUGGCAUCACUGCCAUUUACAUAGACCAGACGAUGGUGCUGGCCAGCGGGGGUCAGGAUGGUGCCAUCUGCUUAUGGGAUGUCCUCACAGGAAAUCGUGUGAGCCAGGUUUACGGUCACCGUGGUGAUGUAACGUCACUCGUUUGCACUACUUCCUGUGUGAUCAGCAGCGGUUUGGACGAUCUUAUCUGUGUCUGGGACCGAAGCACCGGCAUCAAGCUCUACUCCAUACAGCAGGAAGUGGGCUGUGGCGCCAGUUUGGCUGUGAUCUCAGAGAGUUUAUUAGUGACUGGAGGGAACGGCUGCGUGUCCUUCUGGGACCUGAACUAUGGGGAUUUACUGCAGACGGUGUAUCUGGGGCAGAACAGCGAGGGGCAGCAUGUGCGGCAGCUGCUCGUGCUCGAAAACGCCGCCAUCGUGUGUGACUUUGGCAGUGAGCUCAGCCUCGUCUAUGUGCCCUCUGUACUGGAGAAGCUGGACUAAACACACACGCGCACACAUUUAGAAUUGUGUGUGUGUGAGAGAUCUGAUGGACCAUCGUCUCUGCUUGGCCUGGAUCAACAGGCUGGUUUUAUUUCGACUUUACAAAUUGCUUUCUGUUUCUUUAUAGAAAAACAGGAAUUGAUGGUUUGGACAGAAAUGUGUGUGUGUGUGUCUGUGUGAGUGUUAAUGCUCUGGGCAUUUUAUUUUUAAAUAACUUGCGAGUAGUGAGACAAAACUAGGGUGUAAGUGUGUGAGUUCCUGCUGUAUUAUUCUCUCUAAUGGAAGAGCUUUUUAUAUUUUUUGCUAGAAAAUGACUAAAAAAAUCACAUCGCAAUGCAUUUUUACUCGCAGGGCGAAAAUCGCUGCCUGAAGGAAGAGGUGUGUGUGUGUGUGUGUGAGAGAGACUCAGAGUGAGUGUGAAGUGUAAGAGGAUGUAGAAGUUUACAUGGAGAAUAACUGCUGAUUGUGUGUGUGUGUGUGUGUGUGUGUUGAGGGACACGUGUCAUUUUUUUUUAAUAUUUAAAAAAAAAAUUCCUUAUUUAUUAGCGAUUAAUUUCUAAAGGUUUGUAUAAAAAUGCUGAACUCUCUCAUUACUGUCAGGUCUUUACUGUAUAAAACACUGAUUAACUGAAACUUUAAUUAUAGAAUAUUCAUUUGGA